AUGUCUGGCUUUGCAUACAUAACUGGAGGGGCUUCCGGGAUUGGGCGAGGGGUGGCUCAGAUGCUAGUGAAGCACAAUAUCAAGGUCUUUAUCGCUGACAGAGAUAUUGACGGCGCUCAGAAAGUCGUGGACGAGCUGAACAAGGAUUCUCAGGUCGCCAGUUGCGCUCACGUCGACGUUGCAAACUGGAAUUCCCAAGCCAAAGCAUUCAGUCAAGCCGUUGCAGAUUUCGGUCGGAUCGACUACGUAUAUCCCAUUGCAGGGAUCGGCGAGCGUGUCUCCAUCCCCAAUGACCCUUCCGCGACGGGUUUCGAGAUGCCCGACUUGACGGUCCUCGACAUCGAUCUGACAGGAGUCUUGUACACCGUCUCGCUGGCCGUGCAGCAGUUCAGGAAGCAGCAGCCCGGCAAGAAUGGUCUUCGGGGUUCAAUCGGAUGUGUUGCCAGUGUCUGCGGCUUCUAUUGCUGCCCGACCCUACCCAUCUAUACUGCGGCAAAGCAUGCCGUGGUCGGGUUAGUGAGGAGCUACGGGAAAUACUUGCCGGAAGAAAAGAUCACCAUGAACGCGAUCUGCCCCAACGUGAUUCGCACCAACAUCUCCACGGGCGCAUUCUAUGACACUCUGGAGAAGGAGAACCUGCUGACGCCGAUCGAAGGUGUCAUCGACACGUUCGAAAAGUUACUCGAUGAACAGACCUCGGGAGAGAUCUUCGAGAUAGGGCCGAACUAUAAGCAGCAAGGUGCGGUCGUAAGGAAGGCGCAGGAGUAUCUGGACAAGGAAAGCCAAAGGACAUUUGAGGUGCUCUAUCACAGAGGCCGUCCGCUCCACCAGCCUCGCUAA